CCCUGCCCCCGCUCGUCUAUAUAUAUGCGCUCUUUUCCCCUCAUCUCAAACUACUUGUCUUCUGUCUCUUGCGCACCCUCGUCUCCCAUAUCUCUCUCACGCACUCUCUCUCUCUAUCUAUACAUCCAGCAAUUCCUUUUCCAAUAUUCAAAUCUGCACAAGCCGAAUUCGGUCUCUCACUGCACUACAUCUACCACUGCCACUUCUGAUUCGGAGUUCCAAGUCCCAACAGCAACUCGGGCAUCCUUCCUUCCAUCUCCCAGAGCCUCGCUCGCCCGCUCGCACCCUCCCUCCAUCGCCACAGCUCUCUCGCCCUCCCUGUCUGAGCAUCUGCAUACUGUCCCCGCUGCUGCACCUCCGGUCCUCGGCCAAGUGUGCACUCGGACUCGUAUCGUGCUCGCUGGGUGUCAAAUCGUGCGCAGCCCUCGCGCGCCGGUUCAAAUUUCCCGUAAAGAACAAUUGAGUGCUUGGACUGAAAACCCGUGAAUGCGAUCGGUCUUGGCUCGAAAUUUUGAAUUGUUCCAAGCUCGGUGACAAGUGGCCUCGGGAUUUUCUGCGGGUUCAGGGACGUAGUAGUGCAGGCAGCAGAGUUGAGGGACUUGAGGAAAUGGAGUCUGUUGUUGGCCAGAAGCGAUCCAGAGACGAGGCAUUGGAAGCGCUCGUAGAGGAUUAUGCUCCCCAGGGAAAGAAACCUUGCGAGAAAUUGGACUCGGUGGGCGAGAACUGCCCUCUCGCACCGGCCUCGGACUCGGAGGAUCAUGAACAUCCCUGCCUCUCAUCCACUGGCGACCUCUCCUCGAAGGCCAUGAUGGCCGCGGAUGAGGAUGUUACAGACAGUAAACUAGCGUACAUGGCAGAAACUCUGAGAAGCCUGGAGGAAGAGCUUGGAGUGUCCGGGGAUCAGACUGAUUUCUUGAUGCCCGCCGCCUCCAUCGACGAGCUCUCGGGCACUGGCUUGGUCGCAGGCUGGGGCGACGUCAUAUGGAGCACAGACGACGGACUCGCCGGUGUGAAUGAUGACGUGAAUGAUGUGAUUCGCUCCGGCGAGGUUGGAUGUUCGAGCGAAAGCAAUCCAGGACUGUCGGACUGUCUGUCCAGUGAAAAUUCGUCGGUCUUGAUCGAAGGUGACAAUUGCGACACUAGUGCUAGGACCUCCUCCACCUCACAGCAGAAGAACGAGAAAUACAAUCCGGUCGACAUUGGGUUCCUGCUCGAGGCCUCUGACGACGAGCUCGGCAUUCCUCCCAGCCCAACCUCUGAGAAGGACCAAUCGUCCGAGCUCGAGCAAGAAACUCUCGCGUCCGAGAGCUCGGCCGAAAUUUCUGUCAAAGGCACGGACGUCGAUACCAGUGGAAAUCUCCAGGACGCCGUCAGCUGGGCGCUCGAAGGCGGAGGUGAUAACAUGGGCUACGACACUGGCAUUGACGACUGGAUGAUGGGAAGCUUGGACUUCAUGAUCAUGGACGGCCAAUCUGCAUACUCGACGGUUUUGCCUCUCGUGGAGGCCGGCAUAGCUCUGUAGGAAAAUGGAAUUCACGGCGUAGGCCUGGUGGGCUUGUAAAUUUCAGUAUAGGGUGGAUCCAAAUUUUGAAUAGUUAGAUAGCUGUGAAUUCUGUAAAGGUCCUCAAAAGUCACAGGGGUCACAUUGAACCCCCUUUUGAUAUCAACAAAGUGUACACGACAUUGGUCAUAGAAUUUCAAUGAGGAAUAGCAAUCGCUGCUUAUCUCAGAG